AUGAAUGUCUUUAUUAUUCUCUAUAUUCCCCCUCAACUACGGCAUAUGAGCUUCUUCUUCGAUUCGGUGAUUGCGGAUUGGACGGACGGGCCAUCGGGGAUGAACAUCAUCGAACAAUUCGUCGGUAUCGCCACCCUCGUCGUCGCUGUGUUAAUGGCAGCGUUCAUGUUGGUCCCACUGAAAACUCCGACUACCCUUGGCACGCUGCGAAAGGAACGGGAGAAUCUGCGAAGAGGAACCCUUGUGAAAUCGACGCUGCCCUCCAGUGGCUGGAUACCAAUUGUGCAAUGGUGGCGCCGUCAACUGGAUAUCAUUAAGACGUAUGAAUGCGAAGAACAGCAGGACCGCUACACUUAUUACCUAUCUUUUCGAAACGUCAGCGAUUUGGGUACGGUUUACUUCACACUAUCUUGGGUCCACCGAUUCAUGUCGUCAACGCCAGACACCAGGCAGGAGUGGACUCCAACUAACGCCCGGGAUUUUUUGCAGAGGCUGAUUUUGACGUGCUGCUGCUACUUUUACACUUUUGUCGGGCAUCAAUGGCGUCGCCCCAAAAAUGUGCACUCCCGCCCGGGGCAAUGCUGUCCACGUCAACCUACAAAGCACACUGUGGCCGCCUGGCGACAUCAAUGGCUGAUAACUUUGAGAUCGGCGACGCGUCAACAGUAUUCAGCUGGCAAUAUUGGAGGGAAAUUGAUGCAGCGACGAAAGCGUUCAAUCUCUCCCGGAUGGAAACCGAAAAUAUUCCCUGAAACAAUGGUUGCCGAGAAACGGAUAAGAAGUACUUCUGUGGGUCGACGGGAAAAGAAGACUUUUGAGUGGACAGUCAGAAGGAUGCCGAAAAUACCUAUAUGGUGGCCAUUCUACAGUACCCUUCGUCGUCAUAUAUAUCGCCGUGAUCUUAUAUGGAAUACUUUUGAAUGCAAAUACCAGGCUUCGUGGUAUAAUUGGCAAUCAACAGCUUCUAUUCUUCUAUGGAUAUCAAUGAACGUCUAUAUUAUUCUCUAUAUUAUCCCUCAACUACGGCAUAUGAGCUUCUUCUUCGAUUCGGUGAUUCCGGAUUGGACGGACGGGCCAUUCCGGAUGAACAUCAACGAACAAUUCAUCGAUAUCGCCAGCCUCGUGUUAAUGGCAGCGUUCAUGUUGGUCCCACUGAAAACUCCGAUUACCCUUACCACGCUGCGAAGGGAACGGGAGCAUCGGCUAAAAAAAGCCCUUUUAAAGUCGGGUUUCGACUCCUUUUGGUGGAUACCAAUUGUGAAUCAAUGGUGGCGUCGUGAACGGGAUAUCAUUGAGACGUAUGGAUGCAAUGAACAGCGGGGCCACUAUGAGGAGUUCUUCAGUGGUCGAGUAGGCACCGUUUUGUUUGCGAGCUCCAUCAUCCCACUCUGGAUGUCGCGACUCGUGCCAGAUAUCUACCAUUUCAUCCAUGAGAACACGGGACUUCCCGAGGGCGUUGUUCCGCCUUUCACGUGGAUUGAUUGGUGCAUGUUCGCGCUGACCUGCUUCACAAUUAUAAUAUGGUGUGCCAUCAUACCAGUGCGUCGACCCAAAAACGUGCAUGCCCGUCCGGGGAAAUGCUGUCCACGUCAACCGACAAAGUACACUGUGGCCGCAUGGCGAUAUCAAUGGCUCAAAAUCACGACAAAUCAG